GUUUUAGUAGUCGUAGUAGCAUGACACACAAUCUCGGCAUGGCGUCGUACCGACUACCAGGACCCGGACUAUGUCCGCCAGAUUUCAAAUCGCCCUCGGAAUCGCCCCAGCUGCCCAUAUCCGCGCCGAGCAAUCCGAAGAAGCGAAGGAAAACGUCCAACGUGGUAAACUCGAACGCGGUAACGUCGCAACCGACGCCGACACCCUCACCCCAGGACCUGCUACCACCGCCACCGACCGGAUACGGUGACACGAUAGUGGCAUCGAAUCCGUUCGAUGAUACGCCACCGCCAACGCCUGCCUCGCACCUGGGCCAUAUGGGCCAUCCGCACGGUGGUGGCCACGGGCCCGGCAUGAUGGGUCAUCUGGGUGGCGGUGCGAUGGGACACGGUGGACCGAUGGGUCCGAUGAACCAUAUGGGACCGAUGCAUGGUGGCGGAGGUGGUCACCAUAUGGGACCGGGACCGAUGGGCGGACAUCCACAUGGGCCGCCGCCACACGGUGGACCAAUGGGUGGACCGCACGGUGGUGGUAUGCCGCACGGUAUGGGACCGCACGGUAUGGGACCACACGGACCACCGGGUCACGGUUCACCUCAUCCCGUAAUGGGCCCGGGAGGGCCACCGCACGGACCACCAGGCAUGGGUGGUCCAGGACCGGGUGGACCGCAAGGGCCGCCGAUGAGGGGCAUGAGCCCGAUGGGUAUGGGUAGUCCGAUGGGUCACCAUCAUCCCGGUAUGCACAUGAACUCUGGCAUGGGCCAAAUGGGCGGUAUGCCGCACGGGAUGCAGCGAGGUGGCAUGAGUCCGAUGGGACCGGGCAUGGGCCCGGGAGCGCAGAUGGGUGGCCUUAGUCCGAUGGGUGGCGCCAUGAACCAGAGCAUGUCGCCCAUGGGUCCGAUGGGAGGAAUGUCCCCGAUGAGCCAGCAGCAGCAACAGCAGCAACAACAGCAACAGCAGCAGAUGAAUAGUAAAUCCGUGGGAAGUCCGCUCAGUGCCGGCAACAUUGGCAGCCCAAUGAACUCGUUGCCCGGCAUGGGAUCUCCGCAUGCUGCCGGCGGUGGGGGAGGCGGUGGAGGAAUGUUGGGCAGUCCGAUGAACACGAGCGGUGGUCAUAUGAACAAUGGACCGAUGGGUCCGCCAAUGAACAGUCCGCUCGGAAAUGGCCCACCGAACCAUGUGCCACUUGGUCCCAACUCAGCCGGCCACAGUCAAACGCCACAACCGGUGUCCGCUGCAAACGUGACCGUCGGUGGCCAAACGUCACCGAACGUGGUGAUGAGCGGCGGACCGGGCAGCAACAGUGGGGUCGGCAUGAACAGUAGUAAUAAUAGGAUGAACUUACCGAAUGGUGCAAUGACAAAUCAGCAAUCAGGGAACUUAAAUCAAUUACCUCAUCAACUCGGACCCAUGGGUGCGAAUCAACAGCAGCAGGGCGGGCCACAAGGGCCCCAAGGCCAACAGAACAGUAGUCAGGGUGGGCCUAGUAAUCAACAGCCCGGUGGCAACCAGCAAGGGCCCUCGUUGCCGGGCGGCAGCCAGUCAUCGCAACAGUCACAACCGCUACAGCCUCAUCCACCACCCCACGGUCAGCAACUGCCAUUGCCCCAACAGUCACCUCACGCGCAACACAAUCCCGGUGGUGGUGGUCCGGGUAGUGGAGGAGGACCUGGCCCUGGCCCUGGCCAGCAACAGCAGCAGCAGCAGCAGCAGAUGAACCAAAUGGUUGGCCCAGGUCCGAUGGGUAACAGUAUGGGCGGUAUGGGAAUGGGCCCCGGUGGUGGUCCCGGUGGAGGAGGUCCGGCCAACUCGAUGGGCGGCAUGAAUCAUCACCCGCACCACCACCAUCACCAUCAUCACGGCGCGGCCAAUCAUCACAUGGGCUCGGGGAUGGGCGCCAACAACAUGCAGCACCACCAUAUGGGUGGUGGGGGAGGUGGCGGUGGAGGUGUCGGAGGUGGUCUAAUGCCACCGCACGGAAACAUGCCACCGGGUGCAGGAGGCGGACACCGGCCACCAAUGCACGGAGGAAUGGGUGGUCCGGGCGGUAUGAUGGGUGGUGGACCGCCGAUGGGAGGACCGAUGGGUGGCCAUAUGGGUGGAGGAGGUGGAGGAGGCAUGGGUGGUGGUGGAAUGGUGGGUGGUAGUCCAAUGCAAUCACCACACAUCAUGGGUGGCGGCGGGGGCGGUAUGGGCCCCGGUGGAACGAUGGGUGGAGGUGGACCAAUGGGAGGUGGACCGAUGGGUGGACUAGGACCACCGGGAAACGGUCCAAACGGACCGAACCAUCACCAUCAUAUGGGUAUGUUUGGACCGAAACCGAUGCCAGUCACCUCCGGUAAACUAUACCCGCCCGACCAGUCGAAGGUGUUCAACCCGCAAAACCCGAACGCCCCGCCAAUCUAUCCCUGUGGAGGAUGCCAUAAAGAGGUGCACGAUAAUGACCAGGGCAUUCUGUGCGAAUCGGGAUGCAACUUUUGGUUUCAUCGGACGUGCAGUGGACUGACGGAGGCGGCCUUCAACCUAAUACACGCGGAAGUGUACGCCGAAUGGUGCUGCGACAAGUGUCUCAACUCCAAAAACAUACCGCUGGUCAAGUUCAAACCGUAGUAGAAGCGAGCCCGUAGCUCGACCGGACGCUGCACCAACCAGCGGAGGGCCUGAGCCACGU